GGUACAAAGAGCUCAACCAUCGCAUACAUAUAUUCCGCCUCUCGCCUUUCAUUAGCUCCUCCUCCUCUUCUCUCUUCAGAUCUCUUCAUCUACAAGGGUAUAUAUAUAUCUAUGCACGUAUAUAAAUCUACCAAUACUUACAUGUCGGUACAUAUAUAUGCAUAAAUCAUCUAUAAAACUGUUGCUUUUCAAAUCUUUGGCGCCCAAUCGUUGAUUUUCACCGUUUUUUCCUAUAAAUUCAAGGGGAUUCAAUCUGAUUCAUCAAUAUGUAUUUUAUGCCUGUUUCUUUAAAUCGGAUACAUGUUUCCUGCGAUCUGACUACCCGCAGUUAAUAUUAUCAAGCAGGGUUGGAUUUCUCUGUAGUUGAAUCCUGCCUUCUCAAAUUGGUGCCGGAACCCUAGCUCAAUCAUUGGGUUUCAGAUUUCGUCUAAUCUAUUGAAAUUUGUUUCUUUCAAUUAAAACCCCCUCAAUAAGACAAGACCUUCCCCCGUUCAAUGGCGGCUAAUCAGGACGUCAUGGAAGGGAGCACACCAGUGGAUCUUUCCAAGCACCCGUCUGGAAUUGUGCCAACCCUCCAGAAUAUUGUGUCAACUGUCAACUUGGACUGUAAAUUGGAUCUUAAAGCCAUUGCACUGCAAGCUCGCAAUGCUGAAUAUAACCCCAAGCGUUUUGCUGCAGUUAUUAUGAGGAUAAGGGAUCCAAAAACUACAGCUUUAAUAUUUGCUUCUGGAAAGAUGGUUUGCACUGGAGCAAAGAGCGAGGAACAAUCAAGGCUUGCAGCUAGGAAGUAUGCUCGCAUCAUCCAGAAGCUUGGAUUUCCCGCUAAAUUUAAGGAUUUUAAGAUUCAGAAUAUUGUUGGCUCAUGUGAUGUGAAAUUUCCCAUAAGACUUGAGGGAUUAGCAUAUUCCCAUGGUGCCUUUUCAAGUUAUGAACCGGAACUUUUUCCAGGUUUAAUUUACCGGAUGAAGCAACCGAAGAUUGUGCUUCUCAUUUUUGUGUCUGGAAAAAUUGUCCUGACAGGAGCAAAGGUGCGGGAAGAGACAUACACUGCUUUUGAGAACAUAUAUCCUGUCCUUACAGAGUUCAGAAAGAAUCAGCAAUGAUACUUUAGGGUUAUCAUAAGUAUAUUGCAACUCUGGGAGCAUGGGAAGUGAUCGGUGGUGCUUAUCAUGCAUGCUGAUUUUUGUAUCUGAAAACAUGUCUCAAAUGAUGUAGACUAAGAGGGUCUUGUAGUUAUGGGUAUUUCAGUUCCCAUAUGACUCAGUCUGGACAUGAAUGGAAUCUUUAUAAUGUUCAGAGUUAUAAAAUGUGAAUGUUGUGUAUGCGGUGAUGUCUAUUAGCAGUUUGGUUUUUCUGAUCCUGGGAUUAUGCUGCUAAGACAACCAACAACUGUCAGUCAUACGCAGCCCACUUUUGGAUUCUACGACUUCUUCCUGUAUUGUUUGUUUAUUUUUGGGAAAUUGCCCUAAAUAAAAGUAAACAUGUUUGCGUAUUACAAAA